AUACUCCAUAUCCUCCAUCGCUGCUCCCUCGGCACUACGUGCACUUCGUGUAGAUCUAGUAGACUCUUAUAGGUUUAUCCCUGGACUCCCUGGCCUCUCUCGAGUUCAUGCUGGAAGGAGUUCAUUCCCUUCUUCACCAUGUCGCAGGUUCUCGCAAAAAGUCGGAGAUGAGGCCGUGGAAAGUGUGGAAUGAAAAGCAUCAUCAUGCACUUGAAGUCAUCGUCGGCUCUGACUUCCGUCCGCAAUGACCUCUUCCUCCUGAAUUCUCCGGUUGUGAACAGUCGGCUCUUCACCCCGGACUACAAGGGACAGUAUUACGUGCCUCCCAAGAUCCAGGCUCAUGACUAUUUCGGGGCAUUCUCCAUAGCUCCUAAGUUGACCUGUCUUCUCCAGAAAUGCAAUCGAGUGUGGACAAGCCGGAACGGGCGGGUGAUAUUCUACCACAAUCUGGAUUUUCUCUUCGAUGUUCGAGGCGAAGUCGUCUUCAAACUCAUGGGACAGCAAUGCAUGAAGUGCAAGGGCCGAUUCGAGAACCCCAUAUGCUAUCCCGAAGAAGUUCUCAAGCUGAUCUGGAACAUUUGGAUCGUGAUACGGUGCUAUUGGUACGAGGAUCAAGGGACGGGGAUUUUCCAGAUCCGCCGAGAACGUCGAUCGGGAAGGCCUGGAGGUCCACAUUUGAGUCAAAGCUGUGAAGCUUGUCUCUUCGGCGGAUGCUCCUGCUCUACUCCUCCUUUCCCUUUCUUUCCUCUCCCCAGUCCCUAGUCCUAUCAGUGCGUCUGACAUACCCUAGUCUUAUCUGACCGAAUCAAGUCUUGUUUGACAUUCAGUUUCCAG